AUGACAUAUCAGCAGAAGCUCAAAGAGGAAGGAAAUGGAAUCAAAGACAUCCAGAAGUGGUCUUCCGGCCAGCGACUCGGAUAUGUCCCAACCCGAGAGGACGAAGACGGCGGCCUCAUUGUGCUCUGGAAGGAAGUUGAAAACAUGUUUGUCAACUAUGUCCCAAAAUUCGCCACGAUUGAUGGCCAUCCCAUCCCCUUUCACUUCCACAAGAACCUCACCGAGAACCAAGAAGAAUCUCGUAUUACCCAAAUAACAGGAUCGAAAUCCAUGCCAGUUGUUAUCGUCCUCCGUGGCAUCAGUGGUUCGUCGUCGUCGUCAAAGAGCAAGAAUGAGGUCUCUCCCGCAGCUAUCGAGGCCUUUAAAAGGAACGGGAACGAGACUUGCCGUUGUCAGCAACAGCAGCAGAACCAGCCUCCAACCAACGAAAAGCCUGUCGGAAAUGUUAGGGCAUGUUGCACCGCUCACUGUUGCUGUCGUCAUCAGCAGCAGCACAACGUGUCUGCUAGUGGAGGGAACUAG